AUGCGGGCCUUUCAAUUCAUACCGGCCGCGGUGUCGACGCUUACUCUUCUACUGGCUCAGUCGCACCUUGUGGGUGCUACUCCUUUCUCACUGGAAGGUGGUGGCGACCUCGAGAAACGCUGCUCGACUUACUGUGGCUACUAUAGCCAGCUCUGCUGCGCGGACGGCGAGAGCUGCAUCACCGACAGCAACGGCGAAGCAGUCUGUCAAUCCGGUGGCAGCGGCAGCGGUAGCAACAGCGCAUCCUGGGAGUACUAUACCACCACCUACGUCGUGACCGAGACCGAUUUGGCGACCAUCACCUCGACAUGGAGUAGUCAGAUCACCGCUACACCCACGGGGUCAUCCGGGAGCUGCAAAGAGGAAUUCGGCGAGACCAAAUGCGGUGACGUCUGCUGCGGUGCUGCGUAUCAAUGUUCCGAUAACAAGUGUAUCGCUGAAAGCUCCUCGGUUCUGGCUACUGCGACGCCUCCGUUGCGAGGGACAAGCGAUUCCACCGUCACCCAGACUUCAGCUCCGACAACCACCCAGGGCUUCGUGGCACCCGUGAAUACAGACGGAUCGACGGCGAUCGGGGUCAAGGCCUCGGACAACGACGGAGGGCUGAGUGGUGGCGCAAUCGCGGGUAUUGUCAUCGGUGUGAUUGCUGGUGUCGCUCUCUUGCUGCUGCUCUGCGCUUUCCUGUGCUGCCGGGGUCCUUUGCUCGCAUGCUGUGGUGGCCGGAGGAGAAAGGAAACGACCUAUGUAGACGACCGCUACUCGCAUCAUCAUCAUGGCGCUGCAGCUCCUGCUCCAGCUCCGGGACGCACCUGGUUUGGAUCGAGGCCGGCAAAACCGGACACGGGUGAAAAGAAGUCCAAAUGGAGUAGCCUGGCGACCAUUGGACUCGUUCUUGGUGCGAUUGCGCUGUGUUUGGGAUUGAAGAGACGCAGAAACAACGACGACGAGAAGAGCGAUUACACCUACCCCAGUUCGUAUUACUAUUCCGACUAUUACACUAAUAGCUCUGUGAGCUCAGAUCGGAGAACACGAGACACAAGACGAACAGCAGAUACGAGACGAACGAGAGAUACAAGACGAUCUGGACGAACCCGAUCAUCACGGACGAAUUCACGACGAUGA